ACUUCCGGCACGCAGCGGGCGGCCAUGUUGGAGCGGCGGAGGCGGCGCAGAGGUGCGUCCUGGGUCCCCGCGGCGGCGCCGGUGCCAAGUACUGGUUUGCGGGUCCGCAGGCAGAUCCGCAGUGCCUGAUGCCAUGAGCAUGGUAGUGCAGCAUGUGGAGGAGAAAGCCGUGCACUCCUGGUCACGCAUCUCCACCGCAGGGAAGAAAGCCCUGGAAGAGGCGCUGCUGGUGUUUAACCCCAUGAGCCAGGAUCUCAGUGCCACAGAGGCCCAGCUUGUGGCCUUCCUCCAGGGCCUGCGAGAGGAUGGCUUCCAGCCGACCAUUCUGCGAAGUGGUGAUGUCUAUGGCUAUAGCUCGUGCACAGCCAGCCCCCCCAGCCAGACGAAGCAACAAGCUCGCACCACCAACCCAUCCGCCGCAUCACUUCCGGCCAGGGCUCCCCAAACUGCCGUGUCCUUGCCUGCGAGAAAGGACACACUGCUCCCUGUUCCACUGUCUGGCAGGCUGGCCAAGGGGUCCACACCAGCCCUUGCCAAGCAUGCGACCACUAACCUGCUGCUGAGCUCCCUGAAGGAGUCGAAUGCCAGCCACAGCAGUGGCACAACAGUAGGCUUCCCUGCCCACCUCUACCCGGGGGUCUACCCUGCCAUGCAGCUCUCUGUGGUCCUGGAAGCACUGGUCCCACUCAAGACUCUGCUUGGUGCUAAGCACGGGCCGCAGUCACUGCAGCUGUCCCUUGCAAACUCUUCCCUGAAACUGAGGAAAGGUUCCGGGAGCCCACAGUCCAAAGCAUCCAGAAAAAUCACAAGCAAGGGCCUCAAAUGCCUGAGUAGGAAAGGUCCCGGGGCUGACCGACGAGGUGCUGGGACCCAGAGCAGUGGCAUACGCAUGAAAGGGUCUUCUUCCUUGGGCACCAAAACAGUCCAGACCAAGGCAUCUCGAACACAGACCAAAGCUGCUCAUGCCCAUGCCAGUCAAGCUCAAACCCAGAACAAGACAGUGAGGGUGAGGGCCAAGGCAACAAAGGCCAAGCCCAGGGCAGCCGGAGCCAAAGCCAAGGCCACUGUAGUGAGGGACAAGACUAAAGCCAAGGCAGUCAAGGCCAAGGCCAAGGCGUCUCGGACCAAGCACAAGGGAAGGCCAAAGGAAUCUGUUAAGACCAGAACUGGAAGGACAAGCCUGAAGAACCGCUCUGAGGCUGUGGGGAAGAAGAGGAAGAAGGCUGAGGAGGCAAACGGCCUUCCUCCUAAGAAGAGAGCUCGGCUUGUGCUCCGAUCCCCUAAGGCAAGGCUGGGGCCUGGAACAAAGCCGUGCAAGUCCCAGACUAUAAAGGUGGACAGGAAAUCCUCAGAUGACGAGGUCCGACAGUGGGCCCAGCAGAUCCUCCGUGUCAACCUCUCUCCGGUAGUGUGGCUCCAGCCCCUGCUACCGUCUUGACUCCAUACUCAGCAUCCCAAGUCAUCCUUGCAUCACGGCUUGGGCAAAGAGCUGAGCUCUCCGUGUGGCCAGCAGCAGUGUGCCGUGCUCGUGGGCUCGCUCUGCAGCUUUCCAGACUCUGGGUACCUCCAGGUACCUCAGGACUCUGGGUCACCAACCUCCUUUCAGAAACUGAGGAUUUGGGAUGGGGUGGGGAGCGGGAGGGGUGUUCUCAUGGCUCAAUGCACUGUGACUUGUUCUUUAAGUUGUAUGUCUGAUGUUCCAUCUAUCAUGUUUUAUACCUUUCCACCUUGCGGUCUCCCUG